AAUUCACAACGAUCGUGAUACUGAGCUACGUUCAAGCUUUUGGCUGUUCUCGGCGUUGAUUUUCUGGGUUUUUGUUGUGUUAUUUCUCUGAUAAUCAAGAACUCGGCGGCGUGCAUCAAAAUCCCUGUUUUUUUGUUGAAAUUGGUGAUGGGUUCGACGGAGAAUCAAAGCCCGAGUAUGGGUUCGGGUCCUUGCCGGAAAAUAAAGCGUCGGGGGUUGUCGGUGGAGGAUACUUUGAAGGAGUGGAUUGAAAAACCCGACGAGAAGAAGGCUCGUAAGGCGCCGGCGAAGGGGUCGAAGAAGGGUUGUAUGAAGGGAAAAGGAGGGCCGCAGAAUCAGAAUUGCUGCUACAGAGGCGUGCGGCAGCGGACUUGGGGUAAAUGGGUGGCGGAGAUACGCGCGCCCAACAAGGAGAAGAGGCUCUGGCUCGGCACUUUCCCGACUGCUCUCGACGCUGCUCUGGCCUACGACAAGGCCGCCUCUGCUAUGUACGGCGACAAGGCUAUUCUCAACAUGCCUCAGGGUUCGACCCACUCAGACAUCUUCGAUCAACAUGCCGGAGCCGGAAGUGAAACAGAAACGGCGGCGACUACUUUUACCUCGGUCGUCAAUGGGGUUUCAACUGCAGCGGCGAGUACUUCUACCUCGGUCAUCAAUGGGGUUUCAACCGCAGCGGCGAGUACUUCUACCUCGGCCGUCAAUGGGUUUACAACGGCGACGGCGAGUCCUUUUUCUAGCUCGGCCGUCAAUUUGUCCAUUGGGGUUUCAACUGCAGCGGCGAGUACUUCUAGCUCGGCCGUCGAUGGGGUUUCAACUGCGGCGGCGAGUACUUCUUCUAGCUCCGCCGUCAAUUUGUCCAAUGGGGUUUCAACGGGUACUUGUGUGGGUUCUGAGCCCGCCGUGGCAGGCGGAAGCGAUACAACAACGGUGGGGGAAUUCGAGUUCCCAGAUUUCGGCACGCAGGAUUUCAAGUUCCCGGACGGAGUAGACGUUUUUGGCGACAUUUUUUCUGAACUUGGCCUAGAUGAUUUGUGGGCAGAAUGUGGAGGUUUAGAUUUAGAGGACAUUUUUCAUUAUUAGAAACUCU